CUGUUGUUUACCACCCUCAAUACUUGUUUACCACCCUUAAUACUUGUUUACCACUCACAAUUCUUGUUUACCACACACAGCUCUUGUUUCAUUAACAUAGCUGUUGUUCACCACCCCCAGCUCUUGUUCACCAACUUAGUUGUUGUUCACCAUCCUGAGCUCUUGGUUACCACCCUCAGCUAUUGUUCAUCACCCUGGGUUAUUUUUACCACCCUAGCUGUUGUUUACCACCCUUUACCACUUUCCUUUCCGGUCACCACCCACAGUUCUUGUUUACCACUUCCAGCUCUUGUUCACCACCCUCACAUCUUGUUUACCACCCCCAAUACUUGUUUACCACUCACAAUUCUUGUGUACCACCGAAAAUUCUUGUUAACCACCCUAAGGUCUUUUUUACCACCCUCAGCUUUUGUACCAGCUUUGUUAAACUAA